GGUAGGACGGGAUUUCAGUUCUUUGGCUUCUUUCUUUUUCUUUUUUAAAGCAGCUGAUCAUGGACGAGACCACCGAAACUGACUUUACUUUCAGUUUGAAUCUUACUGAAUCUUCACUUUUCCAAGGUUUCAGCACGCCUCCAACUGAAAAUAGUUCUGCAUAUAGUUCUGAAUAUACUACUGACUAUUACUAUGACCCCACCAUGUUCGAUGAAUUUGAACCAUGUGUAUAUACGCGACACGGAGCAACUUUUCUUCCUGCCAUCUACAUCAUUUUCUUCCUGCUGGGCGUUCUGGGUAACUCUCUGGUUUUCUGGGUCAUUACUUUUGGAGCGCGACUCCGCACCAUGACCGACGUGUGCUUGUUAAACUUGGCCAUUGCUGACCUCCUUUUGGUGUGUUGCCUGCCCUUCCUAGCCCACCAAGCCAGGGACCAGUGGGUGUUUGGGGAUGCUAUGUGCAAAAUAGUCUUGGGCAUUUAUCACAUCGUCUUUUACUGUGGGAUAUUUUUUAUCACUCUAAUGAGCAUUGAUCGGUACUUGGCUAUAGUGCAUGCUGUUUGUGCUAUGAGAGCACGUACACGCUCCUUUGGAAUGAUCGCAGCUGCUGUUACAUGGGGAGCGGGAUUUCUGGCUUCUUUUCCUGACCUGAUCUUCCUCCAAGAGCAAAGAAAUGCGUCGGGACAGCACACUUGCUAUCCUGGAUUUCCAGGCGUGAGUUCCAGUCUUCAUUUUUGGCAGGUCUUCAGCAUCGCUAAAAUGAACAUUGUAGGCCUGCUCAUUCCGAUCAUCAUUCUGGGUUUCUGCUACUCACAGAUCAUCUGGAGGUUACUGAACAGCCAGUCAUCCAAGAAACAAGCUAUCCGCCUUGUUGUCAUAGUGGUAGCUAUUUUCUUCUGUUGCUGGAUUCCCUACAACAUUGCGUCACUUGCCCGAGCACUGGAGCUAAAGCACCGGUUUUUAGAUUGUGGGCACAGCAAAGCCGUCAGACUGGCUUUACAAAUCACAGAGGCCAUUGCUUACUCUCACAGUUGCCUCAACCCCAUCCUGUAUGUGUUUGUCGGGGAGAAGUUCAGGAGGCACCUGUUGCGGAUGAUAAACAGAUCUCCCUGCAGACUGUGCCAGCUGAUCAAGGUCUUCAUACCACAGGACAGAAUUUCUACAUCAGUCUACUCACAAACUACCAGCGUGGAUGAGAGGAGCACUGCUAUGUAGUGAACUACAGUUGGGGGAUGGGCUUCUUUUCAUUUUUUCAUGUCCAGUAAAAAUAGAUCACUGUGGCUUAUUGUCACUUCUAGAGUGUUAAGGUUUGGCACUUGUGAAUGUAUGCAUGUGACUGUAUAUUAAUAUAAUGUACCACAGAUAUGUAUUUUUACUCUGUUUUUGUACUUCUAUGAGUUAUGACCAAAAUGUAUGCAAUUCCAUUAUAAAUCUGAUUUUGAAUA